AUGGGAGGAAUGUUCAAGUUUGCUGGCAAUAUGAUUGCAGCGUCUAUUGUUCAAGGAGGACCGGGCUUUCCCAUGUUCUCGAGUGCGUUUUAUGCAUAUUUACAAACUCGAGACCUAGAUGAUGUGUAUGCUCUUGCAACGCCUGAUGACAUUCCAGACUCAGCUGUCGCUCACUCUGCUAAGCAGAUUGGAAGACAAGACAUUUCAAAUGAAGAAUUUGAAACUCAUGUAACGGUGUUACAAGAUUCUGUUAUUGCAGCUGGCUAUCCUUACCGACUUACUAAAGAAAAUCAUGGAGAAGCUGUUCGCAGCCUGCUUGUGCAUGAGAUAAUUUUGAGCAGACGUUCAGAAAUCGAUCAAGUCAUAGCAGGACUCGGACCUGAAAUCUGCACGAUGGUAAAGGAGCAUGGGAAAGUAAUGUCGAGCCUAUUUACAAACGAAGGUCAAGUGCCACUCGUAGCUUCUGAAUUUCUUAAGCUUGUGACGUAUGAAAAUACGUUACCUCAACAUUUGAAGGAUUACUUUCGGCGGUACGUCUUAGAAGCAGAUGAGAAACACCUUCGUUUGCUGCUGCAGUUUGUCAGUGGAGUGUCAGCAGUCCCUCCGAUGGGAUUCCAGAUGCCGGAUAGCAUCACAGUUUCGAGUAUCCGGUCACGUUAUUCAAACUGCUCGACGUGUGCAAAGAUAUUGGAGCUCCCUAUUAACUGCACCUUAUAUGACGAGUUUUCUGACGCUCCCAGAACAGCCACCGAACUUCAAUCAAUGGGUUUUGGAAUUGCUUUUAGUAGAUGCAUGUUUGGUUCUAUGAUUAUUGUGUUAGAAUACAAUAAGGAAUUGUCUAACAAGACCCUUUUUGAAUUUUGCACUAGUUUAAAGUUUCUGUUACCUUUCGAUGCUUGA